UUAAAUCCAAACUCGACACCCAAUUGUCCAAUCACAUCGUGUGAUGUUCCCAUCCGCUAAAUCCCUGCUGAUGAUGCAAAUGUUAACCAUCCGAACUUCACCGAGACCGGAGGUCAACAUGAAUAUAAAUUCACUCCGACGACCUAGAGCAGAACGUGAAUUAUAAACAAGAGCAUAGGAUACAGGAUUGUAUAAAGAGGCCACCCAUUUCAUAUCUCCAACCGGCCAAUUCCUUUUCGAUUUUACUUUUCCCCGUCAAUAUAUCCCCACCACUCCACCGACCAUCCCAUAUCGAACCCUCGACCAGCCAUCAUUAUAGCUACCCAGCAACCAUGGCCUCACUCACCGAUGCCGAGCUCCGCGAGAUCCACAAUUUCCUCAUCAACAUUGCAGAAAGAGCCGGGAAGAUGAUCACUGCGGCGCACCCGCAGGCGGGGGACGUGGGGCUGAAGAAGAAUUCGGUGGACUUGGUGACGGAGACAGAUCAGGCGGUGGAGAAGAUGGUGUCGACGGCGUUGAAGGAGCGGUAUCCGGAUUUUAAAUUUAUGGGCGAAGAAACCUACCAACCCGGCGACGUCCUCACCCCCUCCCCCACCUUCAUCGUCGACCCCAUCGACGGCACCACCAACUUCGUCCACUCCUACCCCUACGCCUGCAUUUCCCUCGGCCUCGCCAUCCACCGCCGCCCCGCCAUCGGCGUCAUCUACAACCCCUUCACCCGCCUCCUCUACCAUGCCAUCUCCGGCCACGGCGCCUUCCUCACCGACAAAUCCACCGCCUCCCCUCCCCGCCGCCUCCCCCUCCAGUCCCCCGCACCCCUCGCCAGCCUCGCGGGGUCUCUUGUGAUUGUCGAGUGGGGCUCCGACCGCGCGGGCAACGACUUCGCCGUGAAGCUCGACACGUUCGGGGCGCUAGCGCGCGCGCGGGAGGAGGGCGGCGCGAUGGUUCAUUCGCUGCGGUCGUGUGGGUCGGCGGCGCUGAAUAUGUGUGCGGUGGCGGCGGGGCAGGCGGAUGCGUAUUGGGAGGCGGGGUGCUGGGCGUGGGAUGUGUGUGCGGGGUGGUGCGUGUUGGAGGAGGCGGGGGGGUACGUGGUGGAUGCAAAUCCCGGGGGAUGGGAGCCGAAGGUGGAGGGGAGGAGGUAUUUGUGUGUUAGGGGUGGAGAGGGGAAGAAAGAGUUUGUGGAGGAGUUUUGGAGGGUGGUGAAGGGGAGGUUUGAGGUGGGGGUGGAGUAG